GGAGUCUUGGUGCGAGCACACAGUGAGUGCGGUAUGGUGAGAGCAAAGCCCAGGCAAUAUGAGUAUCAAAGAUGCGGGAGAUGCAGGCAACCAGAAGGACAAGGUCUACAAACUGCAGGUUUGCCCCAGUCUGUGGAGCGAGAAUUCGGUCUGUUGCCAGAUCCCGGCCACCAUAGAAGUAACUGCUGGUGAUGUGAUCCAUCAGGUGGCCGGGAGAUUGAACCUCGAUCUCUCAAAGCGCUAUGUCCUGGCGGAGGUCAAGGAGCCUGGAGGUGAGGAAUGGAUUUUGGACCCCAAUGACUCGCCCGUUCAGCGGAUCAAGCUAUGGCCGAGGAAGGCUCAGGAGGACCAUGAUCAGAGCGAAGGCUAUUACUUCCUCCUGCAGGAAAGGAACACUGACGGGAGCAUCCGUUACAUCAAUCUGCAGUUGGUGGCCAAGGAGCGGGAACAACGACGGCUGGUGGAGCGAGGUUUCCUGCCACCCCAACAGCAGCUCUACGACGACCUGUGCAACCUCCCGCUCCUGGCCGAGAAAACCAUCCUGGAGAAUCUCAAGAACCGCUUCCUGAAGCAAAAGAUCUACACAUACGCCGGGAGUAUCCUCAUCGCAAUCAACCCCUUCAAGUUCCUGCCCAUCUACAACCCCAAGUACGUGAAGAUGUACGAGAACCACCAGUUGGGCAAGCUGGAGCCUCACAUCUUUGCCAUCGCCGACGUGGCCUAUCACACCAUGCUCAGGAAACAGAUCAACCAAUGCAUUGUGAUAUCAGGGGAGAGCGGCUCAGGCAAGACACAGAGCACCAACUUCCUCAUCCAUUGCCUGACGGCGCUGAGCCAGAAGGGCUACGCCAGCGGAGUAGAGAGGACCAUCCUGGGCGCUGGACCCGUGCUGGAGGCUUUCGGAAACGCCAAAACAGCUCAUAACAACAACUCCAGCCGCUUCGGAAAGUUCAUUCAGGUCAAUUAUCUAGAAAGUGGAAUCGUCAGAGGGGCUGUGGUGGAGAAAUACCUCCUGGAGAAAUCCCGUCUGGUGUCCCAGGAGAACGAUGAGAGAAACUAUCACGUAUUUUACUACCUACUGAUGGGAGCCACAAAGGAGGAGCGUCGAGAGUUUCACCUGCAGCAACCGGAAAAUUAUUACUACCUCAAUCAGAAGCUCAAUUUCUGUAUAGACGACGGGGAGGAUCUGAAGCAUGACUUUGAGCGUCUCAAACAGGCCAUGGAGAUGGUGGGCUUUCUCCAUGCAACCAAAAAGCAGAUAUUCUUGGUGCUGUCCGCGAUCCUGUAUCUGGGCAAUGUUACUUAUAAGAAGAAAGCCACAGGGAGAGACGAGGGUCUGGAGAUUGGGCCCCCCGAAGUCCUGGAGACUCUCUCACAGCUUCUCAAGGUGAAGCAAGAGAUGUUAGUGGAAGCGUUGACGAAGAGGAAGACAGUGACGGUGGGCGAGAAGCUGAUUCUGUCGUACAGCCUCAAUGAGGCUAUUACCGCCCGGGACUCCAUGGCCAAAUCCCUGUACAGUGCUCUGUUCGACUGGAUCGUGCUUCGCAUUAAUCACGCCCUACUGAACAAGAAGGACCUGGAGGAGUCUGUUACGUGUCUGUCCAUCGGCGUCCUCGAUAUCUUCGGCUUCGAAGACUUUGAGAACAACAGCUUCGAGCAGUUCUGUAUCAACUAUGCCAACGAGCAGCUUCAGUAUUACUUCAAUCAGCACAUCUUCAAACUCGAGCAGGAGGAGUACCAGAGCGAGGGCAUCACAUGGCACAACAUCGACUACACAGACAACGUGGGCUGCAUCCACCUGAUCAGCAGGAAGCCAACCGGCCUCUUCCACCUUCUGGACGAGGAGAGCAAUUUCCCGCACGCCACCAAUCAGACGCUUCUCGCCAAGUUCAAGCAGCAGCACGAGGACAAUCGCUACUUUGUGGGGACCCCGGUGAUGGAGCCGGCCUUCGUCAUCCAACACUUCGCCGGGAAAGUCAAAUACCAGAUCAAGGAUUUCCGGGAGAAGAACACGGAUUACAUGCGCCCAGACAUCGUUGCGCUCCUUCGGAGCAGCGACAGUGCUUUUAUCCGGGAGUUGAUCGGGAUGGAUCCCGUCUCUGUAUUCCGCUGGGCCAUCCUCCGAGCGACCAUUCGAGCGACCGCCGCAUUCUGGGACGCUGGGCGCCGGGAAGCCCAGAACCACGCAGGAGUCAUGCGCCGAAAGCCACGUGUUCCACUCGGAGAACUUCAAAGGGCGAACACUCCAGCAGAGAAAGUCUAUCGCCGCUCUUUACUCGAUUUAUCUUUUGAAACCUCUUAUGAAGAUUUCAGUUUUGAGGCACUCGAAGACAUCUUUGCCUAUUAUGACGGCAAAAACGAGUUGCACGCACAGGUCAUGAGGAAUAUUCGGGGACGUGCUCAGUACAGUGAGGACCCACAGAGUCUUCUCAAACCACUGCAACGUCUUGAGCGACCCCACAGCCAUCUCGUGAAAAAUAAAAGUUUUAAACCGAAGCAGGUCAUUCCAAAGAACCUGAUGGACUCGAGUUCCCUGAAGCACAUAGUCCGGAUGACGCUGUACGAUCGCACAACCAAAUCCCUGCUUCACCUGCACAAGAAGAAGAAGCCACCGAGCAUCAGCGCACAGUUCCAGGCCUCUCUGAAUAAAUUGAUGGAGACGCUGGGAAAAGCCGAACCCUUCUUUAUCCGAUGUAUCCGUUCAAAUGCCAAAAAGUCGGAGCUGUGCCUGGAUGAUGAACUGGUUCUUCAGCAGCUGAAGUACACGGGAAUGCUGGAGACCGUUCGCAUCCGCAGGUCGGGCUACAGCGCCAAGUACACCUUCCAGGAGUUUGUGAAUCAGUUUCAGGUCUUGCUGCCCAAAAACCCCAAGCCAGCACAGGAAGCCAUCAGCACCCUGUUCCAUAAGAUGGGAUUGAAUCGGGAAAACUGCCAGAUCGGGAAAACAAAAGUGUUUAUGAAGGAAACUGAGCGUCAGAAGCUCCAGGACACUCUGCACAAGGAAGUCAUGCGGAAAAUCAUCCUCUUGCAAGGCUGGUUUCGAGCCGUCCUCGAGAAGAGACGGUUCGUGAAAAUGAGACAAGCGGCCAUCACCAUACAGGCGUCCUGGCGAUCCUACCAGGUAAGGAGGUUCUUGCAAAGGAACACAGCAGCGGCCGUCAUCCAGGUCUCCUGGCGAAGAUGUUGCCGUCGACAGAAACACCGUCAGCAGAAACGAUCGAUCCAGCUGUUCCAGUCAGCGAGUCGAGGUUAUCUCGUACGGAGGAGCUUACGUUUGAAGAGCGAGGAGGAGCAGAGAGCUCGAGAGAAAGCCAGGCAGGAGGAUGAGGAACGGGAAGCCCAAACGAGGAAGACGGCAGCUGGUUCCCAUAAACCGGAGCGGAGUACGGUCGAGGGGGAAUCCGAGGCCGUGUUCCGGUCCCUCGCUGCAGAAUCCUCGGAGCCGGAGCCUCCGUGGCUGGGAAGCGAGCUGACUCCAGGCCUGAUGGAGAACGGAGAAUCUCAGGAGCAGCUUUCGAAAUCCCAGGAAAAUACGUCGGGGGCACAGGGCACAGAGCGGACCAGCGCCAGCCGGGAGAAGCGGGAAAACCGGCGCAUACGUGGGCUGGAACACGAGAAGUUCCAGCGUCGCCUGGUCUCCCCUAACCCCGAGGAGACAACCUCCCACUUCCCGCCGCCCCCACUCCCCUCUGGAACCAGAGAGCAAGAGGUUAAAACCAUCGACAUUGUGGAGAAGAUGGCGCAGAACGCCAACAAAGUGGGUGCUGUGGAGCCCGGGAAGCCGGAGGCGGGGGCAGGGGUGGUAAGUACGAACGAGUUCCUCCAGGAAAAGGAAAUGGCCUCCAGCAGGAAAAUACCCAAGGGUUUCGUGAAUGAACUGAGGAGAAUGGACGAGGAAGUGGCCAAUCAGAAACGGAACCAUCAGCCCCCUAGUCAAUCGCUUCGGCCAACAAGUCUCCCCCUGAAAACCAGCCCUUGCCCUGGGCAAGUAACUCUGACCAGAUCGUUCUCCCAGUCUUCAGACCAAGAGGAGGUUGAGCAGAGACCAGACAGUCCCGGAGCCCAUCAGGGAGCCAUCCAUCGCUACAAUGACAAGGGGGAGCUGAGGAACAAGGCAGAGAAGUGGAAAGACAGGAGGCAAGCAGAGACGGUCACCCCAACGAUGCCCAAGAAAGAAGCGAUUGUCGUGAGGAAGGAAAGCCAAGUGCAGAUGAAAGACUUGAAGAACAAGGAAAUCUCAUCUCCUCAGGACGAGGGUACAAAGCAGAACCCUGGGAGCCCCCAGAGAGAGGCCCCGGCCGACGGGCAUCAGGAAGCUGACAAGACCACCACCAAACAUCUGGUGCAGAAGAAAAGUUCCCAAGAACACGUGGAUGUCGGACAGGUGGACCCUCCCAAGUCGACCUUCCGUAAACCAUUGAUGAGGUUCCUGGGGAAGCGCCAGGCGGAGAAAAAGUCUUCGAAAGAGCUGCCACCGACCCAGGACGAGAGUGAGUCCCCGACGAUGCCCUACGUGGUUCAGGAGGUGGUGAAGAAAAUCGGGGAGAGAGGGGAGUGGGGGGCUUGUUCCACGCUGCCCCGGCACACACCGCCGGACCACGGCGGCAAGGAGCAGAGUACCAAAGUGAAGCGGAGCCGGAGCAUCAAAAUCAGCAACGCCACCACCGUGUCGGAGCAGUGGGACGCCUCCGUGCACCAGGAGAUCACCAACUCCAACGAACUCAAACAUCUGGACGAGUUCCUCAUGAACAAGGUGAAUGAUCUGAACUCUCGCAGCUCCCACGAGUCCCGAAUCGAGACGCUUUUCAUCACCACCACCGACAAGUUCCGAAUGACCCUCAAGAGCAUGUACUCCGUGCAUAACAGCCAAACACACAUGGGUUACAAGGGCCUGAUGCAGAAUUAUCAGCUGUUGCUGACCAGCCUGGCAGAGGAGCGGCAGAAAGCCGAGAUCCAACUGGUGCUCAACCUCUUCCAGAGCCUGCUGGACGAGUUUGCUCGAAGCUACGCCAAGAAGGAGGAAGCAGAGGCCUUGAAGACAACAAAAGCUCAGAAAAAGAGAAGAAAACGGAACCAAAUAAAGGAGGAGUAUUAUGGCCACAGGUUCCGCAGUUACCAAGUGAACAUCCUACAAUCUUGCGAGCUUUGUUCCUCAUACAUCUGGACCAUGGAGCGAGCCUUGCUGUGUUGCGCCUGUAAUAUGACCUGCCACAAAAAGUGUCUCCCGAAGAUCCAGUACCCCUGCUCGUCCACCUGUACCAGGAAGAACAAUCCCAACGCCACAUCUCAGCAUUUUGGGGUGAGUGUGUGUGACCUGACGAACGAGCAGCAGUUGGUGCCGUUGUUGAUGGAGAUCCUGCUAGAGUACGUGGAGAUGCAUGGACUCUACACCGAGGGCAUCUACCGAAAAUCUGGAGCAGCCAAUAAGAUGAAGGAGCUUCGGCAGAAACUGGAAGCUGACCCCACCUCAGUCAUUCUGGAGAAUUACCACAUUCACGCCAUCACCGGGUUGCUGAAGCAGUGGCUGCGGGAGUUACCAGAACCCCUGAUGACUUACGCCCUCUACAGUGACUUCCUGCGUGCUAUUGAGCACCCGGAGAGGCAGGAGCAGCUGGUGGCCACUUAUAACAUGUUGGAGCAGCUCCCACCAGCCAAUCACAGCACUCUCGAAAGACUCAUCUUCCACCUAGUCAAGGUGGCUGUGGUGGAGGACACCAAUCGCAUGUCUACCAAUGCUUUGGCCAUCGUCUUCGCUCCGUGCAUCCUCCUCUCGCCAGACACUUCGGACCCGCUGAUGAGUAUGAGAGACGUCUCGAAGACGACCAUGUGUGUGGAGCUGCUGAUCUCCGAGCAGCUGAGGAAAUACAGAAUGAAAAUGGACGAAAUCGCUCACUUGGAAACGGCAGAACACAUCGCUGUGCGCAGGCUCUCGCUGCUCCGGCUUUGGCCUCAUGAGCUGAGGUUUUCCUCCACUUACGAUGGGCUCCUGAACAAAGUACCUCGGACUCCGAAGGUGGUUGAAGAGACGAUAGCCACCACAUUGGAAAGCUUGACUGAGGAGUCCUCCGACACAGACACAGAACGAGAACAGGAAAUACUGAUCGAGCGGAUCCAAUCAAUAAAAGAGGAAAGAGACGAGCUGACGCUGAGGCUCCCAGAGUUGGAGCAGAGGGGAUCUGACGAGGAGAACAUGGACUCCGAGGCCUCGCUCAGCAUGGAGAGCCUGAUAGACGAACGCUUGGCGCAAGCGGGGAGCGGAGGAGCAAAUGCUGCUGUGUUUCGGUUCACUGGAAAACACAGGUCCCAGUCGAUAGCAGGAUGCCAGUCCACACCCACCCCAGACCCCGUCACCGCUCCGGCCAAGGCAGAAGGUCCGCGCGCUCGCACUCCUGCGUUACUGCGGCGCCCAGCCUCCCUGGUCUCCAGCUUGCGGCUGCCUCGUCGCAACCCCGUGAUUCCCACACGCAACAUCAAGCUGCCUCACGGCAUCCUCAGGAUGGUGGACAGCUAUAGGUGGCCGCCCGGCAGGCAGGAACCGGCCGGGGUCAUCCUGCGGCGACGGGAGCAGCCGUCCAGGAGGUCGGACAAUAUCCGGUCCAUGUACAUCGCCGCCCAGGAGGUCAACUUGACCGAGGCUGUGGGUCUCGUUACCGAAGACGUCAAACCAACACCGGCCAAACUGCAACGACGGUUCUCUGACCCGCUAUCUGACAUGCCUUACACAGACAACUCCUGAGUGUGAGACUGUACGCUGAGACAAACUGGUGAUUUUGGUUGGCUGGGGGGGGGGAAUGUGUGACUGACUGCCUCAGCCAAGUUGUCACACCGAGGACAAAUGUUCGUUCGUUCCCAAGGCAUCGCUCGAGACUCUGGAUCUUGCCUCCCUUCCUCGUUGUUCCGGGAGACGUCGGCUUCCAGACAAUUUUUAAUAUUUUAUUUUCCUUUUUGUUUUGUACAGUCCUUUCCCGCUUUAUCCCUGUACGUGGUCACUGCGUGAACCGAGAAUGAGAUUCCAUUAGACGUCCCUGAUAAUAUGCUGUGCGUUUGUAUUUGUGCGUAUGUGUGCGUGGGGGUAUGCUGUGUGUAUGUACGUGUGUGUACACACGUCUCCUGUAUGACUGGGAUGCAGGUAAGUUGCAAGCCGGUUAACGUAACAUUGGCUCUUGGGUUUGCGUCUGGUUGCACAUGUAUUUCCCACAAGUGUAUCUGAUUCCUUCCCCAUGAACAAAUUAUUUUUAAAUAAAUAUAUUACUUGUU